GCGGGGACUGCCCGGGCGGCGCGAUGGAGUCGAGGGGCGGCGACGCGGAGCCCGCGGGCGGCCGGCGGGUGCUGGUGGUGGGCGGCGGCAUCGCGGGGCUGGCGGCGGCGCAGAGGCUCUGCGGCCACCCGGCCUUCGAGCACCUGCGGGUCCUGGAGGCCACGGCCCGCGCCGGGGGCCGCAUCCGCUCGGAGCGCAGCUUCGGUGGCGUGGUGGAGGUGGGCGCACACUGGAUCCAUGGGCCCUCCCAGGGCAACCCGGUGUUCCAACUGGCCGCCAAGUACGGGCUGCUGGGGGAGCAGGAGUUGUCGGAGGAGAACCAGCAGGUGGAGACUGGGGGUCACCCGGGCCUGCCCUCUGCGUGCUACGCCAGCUCGGGGGCGAGCGUGAGCCUCCAGCUGGUGGCAGAGAUGGCCAGUCUGUUCCACAGACUGAUCGACCAGACCCGGGAGUUCCUGCACUGCACGGAGACCCCGGUGCCCAGCGUGGGAGAGUACCUCAAGAGGGAGAUCCGCCAGCACGCGGCCGGCUGGACAGGGGACGAGGACGCCAAGAAGCUCAAGCUGGCCGUGCUGAACACCUUCUUCAACGUGGAGUGCUGCGUUAGCGGCACACACAGCAUGGACCUCGUGGCCCUCGCGCCCUUUGGGGAGUACAGUGUGCUGCCCGGCCUGGACUGCACCUUUCCCGGGGGCUACCAGGGACUCACAAACCGCAUGCUGGCCUCCUUGCCGGAGGAUGUGAUGGUGUUCAACAAGCCGGUCAAGACCAUUCACUGGGAGGGGUCCUUCCAGGAGGCGGGGUUGCCCGGGGAGACCUUCCCGGUGUUGGUGGAAUGUGAGGACGGAAGCCAUUUUGCAGCACACCACGUCAUUGUCACCGUGCCCUUAGGUUUCCUUAAGGAACGUCUGGACACCUUCUUUGACCCACCACUGCCCACCGAGAAGGCAGAAGCAAUCCAGAAAAUAGGCUUCGGGACCAACAAUAAAAUCUUCCUGGAGUUCGAGGAGCCCUUCUGGGAGCCAGACUGCCAGAUCAUCCAGGUGGUGUGGGAGGACUCGUCGCCCCUGGAGGACGCUGCCCCCUCGCUGCAGGACGCCUGGUUCAAGAAGCUCAUCGGCUUUUUCGUCCUGCCUGCCUUUGAGUCUGCCCACGUUCUUUGCGGGUUCAUUGCUGGGCUCGAGUCGGAGUUUAUGGAGACGCUGUCGGAUGAAGAAGUGCUUCUAUCUCUGACCCAAGUGCUCCGGAGAGUGACAGGAAACCCACAGCUCCCGGCCCCCAGGAGCAUGCUGAGGUCCUGCUGGCACAGUGCCCCGUACACCAGGGGCUCCUACAGCUACGUGGCCGUGGGCAGCACUGGGGACGACCUGGACCUGCUGGCUCGGCCCCUGCCUGCGGACGACGCCCACGCCCAGCUGCAGAUUCUGUUCGCGGGGGAAGCCACACACCGGACGUUUUACUCCACUACGCACGGGGCUCUGCUGUCCGGCUGGAGGGAAGCCGACCGCCUGCUGGGUCUGUGGGGCCCGCAGGUGCAGCAGCCCAGGCCCAGGCUGUAGCUGGCCCUGCCUGCUCUGCCCCUGUGCCAGAGAGCCUGGGCCCUCCUUUCCUCUGACAGAGGAUUUUCAGUCUGGCUCGGAUCGGGGUUGUUAAUGACAGUCCUCGAGCUGACCACGAGGUCUUCCUGAAGCAGACGCGGGACACUGCACUGAGGGCGCCUCCUCGCACAUAAAACACUCAGGAGUCAC